AUGGCGGUCUUUGCACCCGAAGUGAGCCUCCCGGUGCUGCAGGCGCUUGACGUGCGCGACCACUUUGCCCAUGUGCAGCGUCUGCGAGCAACGCUAUGCGCGAUGCCCAUGGCGCCGGACGCGGCGUCCAUCCUCGCGCAGCUCUUCGGCACGCUCGCAACGAUGGAAGCCAAGUUUGCGACCUUUACGACGCACCGCGGCUUGCACAUUGACAGCACGACGUUUCUGCGCUGGCGCGAAAAGCUCGCGGCGGCCGACGCACUCGAGCAGACGUACCUCACGCGCAUCGCGGCACUUGAAAGCGCGGUUCACAGCCAAGCACCCAACACAACACCCGAGGGUCCCACCCCCGAGUGCCACGUGGCAGAUCAUGCGACGACCAAGCCCGCGGAGCUGGACGAUCUCCGCAAGUCCACGCGACCACGCGCCAGCUCGCAGAGAAGGACGAUGAGAUCCGAUACCUCACGGCCGCACUCCAACGACUGA